AUGGCAUCCGAAGACGUUUGCAAGUUUAACAACAACAUCACUUCAGGAGGAAACCCCUCUCAAGCUCAUUCGCAUGACCAUGGAUCUGGUGGCCACACUCACUCACACGACGGUGCGGUUGAGCAUGGCCAUACGCAUGAGCACCUCGAACACGCAGGCAAGUAUGGCGAGCGAGAUCUCCCAGAUUAUAGCGGUCGAGACUUUAAUGAGCGCGGGUUCACCGUUGGGAUUGGAGGGCCAGUUGGAUCAGGCAAGACUGCGCUGACGCUCGCGCUCUGCCAACGCUUGCGAUCCGAGUACAAUAUCGCCGUGACGACAAACGACAUCUUCACAAGGGAAGAUCAAGAAUUUCUCCUGCGCAACGAGGCGCUCCCAGCUGCGCGUAUACGCGCCAUCGAAACGGGCGGAUGCCCACACGCAGCGAUCCGAGAGGACAUUUCAGCGAAUAUGGGGAGUCUCGAGGAGCUCACUGCGCAAUUCGGUUGUCAGCUUUUGUUUGUCGAGAGUGGCGGAGAUAAUUUGGCGGCGAAUUAUUCGCGCGAGUUGGCGGAUUAUAUCAUCUACGUGAUUGACGUCGCUGGUGGAGACAAGAUUCCGCGUAAAGGAGGGCCGGGUAUUUCCCAGUCCGAUCUCUUGGUCAUCAACAAGAUUGAUAUUGCGCAAUACGUUGGUGCCUCGUUAGAGGUGAUGGAUCGUGACUCGAAGAAGAUGAGAGAUAAUGGACCAACUAUCUUUACGAGUGUGAAACAAGGGACUGGUGUCGACGAAGUGAUCGACCUUAUCCUCGGCGCGUGGAAGGCUGCUGGGAAGCCCGGCAAACCCGGAGGAGUGUAA